AUGCCGGGUGUAGUGACACCUCAGCAGCUGCAGCAGGAUGCUGCUAUGCAUGCAGCAGCAGCAGGACUUGCUGCUGCUGAUGUUCCUGUCUUUGGUCAUGGAGGUAUACCUACUAUUAAACAGGUACCUCUGCAGCAACUGCAGCAGCAACUGCAGCAGCUAAAAGAGCAGCAGCAGCAACAGCAGCAGCAGCAAUGGUCUCCUACUCCUGCUGCUGCUGGUAGUAGUAGUAGUACUGAUAUACGUAAGGAAGAGAGAACUGCAGCAGCAGCAACAGCAGCAACAGCAACAGCAGCAACGACUGCAACAGAAAGAAAGACUGCAGCAGCAACUGCAGCAGCAACUGCAGCAGCAACUGCAGCAGCAGCAGCAGAGGGAGAAGAAGGAGACAUUGAGGUGUCUCCUGAGGCAGUAGAGAAGGAAAUAAAAGCUAUACAGGAUAAGCAGCAGCAAAUAGAUGCAGCAGCAGCAGCAGCAGCAGCAGCAGCAGGAGGAGGAGGAAAGAAAGUACAAGAAGUGCAGCAAAUUAUUGACCAAGAGCAGCAGCUUACCCUACAGGCAAUUCUUAAUAAAUAUAAUAUACAGGAGACACAUAAGGAGACACAAAAGGAGACACAAAAGGAGACACAAAAGGAGACACAAAAGGAGACACAAAAGGAGACUCAUAAGGAGACACAUAAGGAGACACAUAAGGAGACACAUAAGGAGACAGGGAGGAAGAAAAAAAAAGAGGAAGAGGAAGAGGAGGAGGAGGAGGGGGAGGGGAAGGAGGAGGAGGAAGAGGAGGAGGAGGAAGAAGAGGAGGAAGGGGAGGAAGAAGAGGAGGAAGAAGAGGAGGAAGAAGAAGAGGAAGAGGAAGAAGAGGAAGAGGAAGAGGAGACAAUUGAUGAGGAGACACUUAGGGAAAUAUUUAAGGAAAUACAUACACACAAAGAGGAGACAACUAAUCAGGAGGAAGAGGAGACAACUAAUAAGGAGGAGACACCUAAUAAGGAGGAAGAGGAGACAGUUAAUAAGGAGGAAGAGGAGACACCUAAUAAGGAGGAAGAGGAGACGACAGUUAAUAAGGAGGAGACAGUUAAUAAGGAGGAAGAGGAGACAACUAAUAAGGAGGAGACACUUAAUAAGGAGGACACAAUUAAUAAGGAGGAGACAGUUAAUAAGGAGGAGACAGUUAAUAGGGAGGAGAAGGAGGAGAAGGAGGAGGAGACAGGUAAUAAGGAGACAGUUAAUAGGGAGGAGAAGGAGGAGGAGGAGGAGGAGGAGGAGGAGGAGGAGAGACAUAAAAAGAAGGAAAAAAAGAAGAAAAAAAAGAAAAAAAAGGAGAAGACAGAUAAGGAGGAGGAAGAGGAGACAGAUAAGAAGGAGGAGAUAGAUAAGAAGAAGGAGGAGAAGGAGACAGAUAAGAAGAAGAAGGAGGAGGAGGAGGAGGAGGAGAUAGAUAUAAAUAAAUUAGAGGAGACACUAAAGGAGACACUUAAUAAGGAGAAAAAGAGGAGAAAAAACAAAGAAAAAAAAGAAGAAAAAGAAGAAAAAGAAGAAAAAGAAGAGGAGAAGGAGGAAGAGGAGGAAGAGGAGGAAGAGGAAGAGGAAGAGGAGGAAGAGGAGACAAUAAAAGAUAUAAAUUAUAAAGAAUUAAUAAAAUAUAUUGGGGAUCGUCUCCAAGACGAUCCCCAAUUAAUUGCAUGCAUGCAGCAGCAAAAGGAGACACCUGCAACAUUAGCAGCAAAAAUGCAACAAAUGCUUCUUAAUGUUAGAGUCCCAUCAGCAGCAUCAACUGUAUUAGAUCUACAAGAAGGUUUGUCUCCUUUUACUGUCUCUUCUUUCUCUGCUGCUGCUGCAGCUGCUGCAGCAGCAACAGUAGCAGUAUAA